AUGCGUCCAACAGCUGGCGAGACCGAGUACACCUUCCCACCACCGAGGCCGCCCGGGCAGCCAACCUCUCCGCCGCUGUCGCCCGUCUCCCAGGGACUCACACCGAGCGAUGGCGAGGGAGCCCCCCUCGCUGUGAUCGGCGGCGCAGCCGCGGCCGGCGUAGCGGCCAUCCUCGUCGUCGGCCUCCUCCUUUACCGUCGGCGGGCGAAGCGGGCGCGGGAGGCGAGGGACCGCGGCUCCGCGGUCUCGGUGGUGGGGGCCCUGCCGGGAGACAGCCGCUCCCCUGGCGGAGGACCCAACCCGAACGUCUCCAUGUGCCCGUCGCUGCCGCAGUGCGCCGCCGCCGGGCGCAAUCUCAUGUACUCGUCUGGCGGCGGCAAGUCGAGCGCGUCGAGCGCGUCGAGCGCAUCGAGGGGAGGGUCCAAAGCACCCAUGUACUCGUCCGGCGGCGGCAAGUCGAGCGCGUCCGGAGCGUCCGGGGCGGGGGCGCCCAGCCCCGGUGGGGCGCUCGCGUCCGCAGCGGGCAGCUUCGACUCGAACGACUCGCAGUCGGCCAUCACCGCCUUCUCGCGCUUCGAGCUCAUUCCGUGGGAGGACUGCCACCUGGCGGAGCUCAUCGGCUCGGGCGCGGCGGGCGACGUCUACCGCGCCGAGUACUCCUCGACCGACGUGGCCUGCAAGAAGUUGCGCGUCAAGCAAAAGAUGACGGCGCGCGAGAUGCAGCUGCUCGUCGAGGAGUGCCAGCUCGCCCUCAAGCUGCGCCACCCGAACGUGCUCCUCACCCUCGGGCUCGUCUCGGACGGCGAGCGGAACCACGCGAUCCUGACUGAGCUGAUGGACCUCGCGCUCGACGAGUUCAUCGACAAGGCGACGGACCGCGAGGCGACGCUGUCGCUCACGUCUCAGGCCAGCACGUCGGGCGGCUUUGCGCUCCCGCAAGCUUCGCGGCCGACGUGGGCAAACCCGUACCUCUCCAUCGCCUUCGACGUGGCGCGCGGCAUGUCGUACCUCCACAACCACCGCGUGAUCCAUCGCGACCUCAAGCCGGGCAACGUGCUGCUCAAGCUGCCAAUGAUGACUGCCAAGGUGGCAGACUUUGGCGCGUCGCGCGUCAAGCCACUCACCGCCGAGGCACCGGGCGCGCGGCGUGGUCUCGGCCUGGACGCGCUCGAGAACGCGCGCGGCCUCGCCUCGAUCAACAUGACCAUGUCGAUGCAGGGCACCCCCGUCUACAUGGCGCCCGAGGUGCUUCGGCAGGACAAGUACGGCAAGCCGUGCGACGUCUGGUCCUUCGGCGGGCUGCUCGUCCACAUCGCCACCCGCCGGCCGCCCUUCGCCGCGCUGCUCGAGUCCGGCCACAUCUCGCCACUCGACCUCCUCAACAAGGUGACCAAGGGCGAGAUGCAGCCGACCUCCAACCCCGGAGGCCUGCCCGGCGUGCUCUGCUUUGCGCGGGCAGAGUGGCCGCAGGCCGUCGCCCACCUCGCCGAGGCGUGCUUCGCCCUCGACCCGGCGGAGCGGCCGACCUUCGAGCAGGUCGCGUACGACCUGCAGGGCCUCUGGCUCGAGCUCCACCCCGAGGCAUCCGGCACACUCCGCAAAAAGGAGCGGCCCUCGAAGGCUCCGCGCUACUCGGACGCCUCCGUGGCCUCCGAGGCGUCGGGGAGGCAGUCGGAGCUGCUCUCUCCGCGCGGCGACGCGCCCGCAGCCCCGUCCGGGAGGGAGAGGCCGUCCGACCGCCGAUCGGACCGGAAGUCGCGCGCCUUGGAGCGCGACGCAGACGCCGACCGUCACUCGGACCGAAAGCGGACGUCCGCGGUCUUGCGGGAGACGGACGCGGCUCAGAAGCUGACUCAGAGGCGCGGUUCGACUGAGGCGGGGUCGUCGAGCGCUGCCGACGCGGCGGCGGGCAGCUCGGGCGACCGCUCUCCUCCUCUUGCGUUCUCUCCUCUUGAGGCCGGCACGGCGCGAUCGGCGGCGGCGCCUGGCGCUGCGGGGCCGUCUGGCGCCGUCAAGCAGCUGAGGGGCAAGGGGAAGCCGCCGCGCGAGGACGGCGGCGGCAAGGCGGGCGGCGGCAAGACUCUCAAGCCUCCGUGGGGCCUCACAGCUAGCCUCACAGCGACGGCCGGCUCGAGGCAACCGAGCGACCCCGGUUCCUCGGUCUCGUCGCCCCAGAGAGAGCGGCUCGAACGCGCGCGAAUGGCGACGACGACAUCAUCGGGCGCCGAUCGCAACUCCGGAAUCGAGACGUAG